GAAGUUUAGACGGUUAGUGGCGUUCGGUCAAACGAAUUGAACACUGACAGCAAAGAACGAAAAUAUACAUUAUUUUGCAGCGACCCAGUUUCCCCCCUUCCCUUACAUAUGGCUUCAAAUUCAAACAUAGAUAUAGAGGGUGCAACCCAGCAUCUUCGUGAUAUAUUAAAGCUGGACCGACCCGGGAACAGCGUUGAUGGUUCUCCAAGUGAGAACCAAAGCAAAACAUCUUUCAAUGGUGAAUUGAAUGGACUUCUCGGAGCAGACCUUAUAGGAGCAGGCGACAGGUCAACCAUGGCUGAAUCCACAGGCCCUAAUUCAGAGAAUAUGAACACCCAAGAGUGUCAGAUCAUCUGCCUCUCUGGGGAUGAUGGCUCCACUUGCAUUCCCAUCACAUCUAACAAUGUUGAAAUUGUGGCCAGUCGAGACUCGAGCAUUGACAGCAAGGCACGUGGUAGCAACAAGGUAAAAAUCCAGCCUGUCGCCAAGUACGACUGGGAGCACAAGUAUUACUACGGCAACCUCAUUGCGGUCUCGAACGCAUACCUGGCAUAUGCCAUCCGAGGAGCAAACAACCAGGCCAUGAUCCGUGUGUUGAGCUUGGGCUCGGCAGAGCGCACCCUGCUGAAGGGCUUCACUGGUGCAGUCACAGACCUGGCCUUCGCACACCUGGACUCCACCCUGCUGGGAUGUGUUGACGAGGCCGGUAACCUGGUCAUCUGGCAGCUCACCUGCCAUAGCAGCAAGAUCCUCGAUCAAGUCAUUGUCCACGUCCGGAGGCCUGAGGACACACCUCUGAACUCCAAUAGGAGGUUGAUCUGGUGUCCCUUCAUCCUAGAGGACAAUGAAGAGAACCCUGAGGAUGCCAGCCAGACCCUGGCCCUACUGCAUGAAGACAGAGCUGAAGUGUGGGAUCUGGAGAUCCUCCGCAGCAACAAUGGCACCUGGCCAGUAGAUGCCACUGACCUGAAGGACGGAGUUAUAACCAUAAAAGGACAUACAGAUCGCAUCAGUGAAGGUGCCCUGUCUCCAGAUGGCACAGUCUUGGCCACAGCCAGUCAUGAUGGAUAUGUAAAGUUCUGGCAAAUCUACAUUGAAGGACAGGACCAGCCAAGUCCUCUCCCCGGCUUCUUCCACAGAUGUCUACACGAGUGGCAGCCCCACAACGGGAACCCCCUUUCCUGCCUGCUGUUCUGUGACAACCACAAGAAACAGGACCCAGAUGUUCCAUUCUGGCGCUUUCUGAUUACUGGAGCUGAUCAGAACCAGGAGUUGAAGAUGUGGUGCACAGUGUCAUGGACCUGCCUGCAGACCAUCAGGUUCUCUCCAGACCCGUUCAACUCCUCAGUCCUGCCCUGUCUGAAGGCCAGUCUGGACCUGUCUGCAGAAUGCCUCAUCCUCAGUGACGUACAGAGAAAGGUGUUGUAUGUGAUGGAGUUGUUGCAGGACCAGGAAAAAGGCAGAGCCAGCUUCACAGCUGUGUCAGAGUUUCUGCUCACACACCCUGUGCUUAGCUUCGGUGUUCAGGAUGUCAGCCACAGCCGCCUGUGCCACACGGAGGUCCUCCCGCCAGACGAGGAGAGCGAGAGUAUGACUGCAGAUGGCAACCAGGGCACAAUGGAAUCCAAAGCUGGGAUCCAAAUCAAGCUAUAUUGUGUUCACACAAAGUCCCUUCAAGAUGUGCAGAUCUGGUUCCAGCCAAACCUUGGCUCUGGCUCAUCCUUGUUCCUGCCUCACUCGAACUCAAAUAAUGGCUUUGGGUUUUCAGAUCACUUGACAGACAUGAGUGUGGAAGGUUUGAGCUCUGAUAAGGAGUCUGGAUGCGGCUCCGAAAAUGAUCUCUGCAAGAUUCCCGCUCUUGCUGACUUCCUGUCCCCUUCCGGCACUGCUGCUAUGCCCAAGCUCAUGACCCCUGACGCCUUCAUGACCCCCAGUGCUUCGGUCCCAGCCUCCCCAGGCAGCAGUGCCAGCAGCCUGACCAUAGUGACAGCCAUGAGCAGCAACUCUGACAGUGGCGCCAGUGAUGGUAAUGUCUGCAGGGGAGGAGAGGAGCUGACCCAGAGCCCUAAGAUGUCUGUGGAGAGCAACUCCAUCCUCAUCGCAGGCUUAGGGGACAACAUGCCGAUGUACCAUCUUCCACAAGAGACCACUCCUCAUACGCUCAUGUUCCCCCUCACCUACCCCCUCCGCCCUCUACAGGGGCUUCCCUCUCCAAACCCGCCCCUCUCGCUGGACCCGCAGGUCAUUGAGCCUAUGCUGAUUCAGCAGGCCUCUCCUACCCGGGCCCGCUCUCCGGACGUCAUCUCGUCUGCCUCCACGGCCAUGUCUCAGGACAUACCUGAGAUCGCCUCUGAGACGCUGCAGCGAGGCCUGGGGGGGAUGUCUGGAACUGAAUCUCGAGAAACUCUCCCAGCCCUCCACACAGACAGCAUGGCUUCUGCAGCCUCAGCUCUUCACCUCCUCUCUCCACGAAACCGGAACAGCUCUGACCAUGGCCAUCUGCCCCUGGAGCUGGGUGCUGUAGUAGGAGCAGUGGAGGCGGAACAGAGGCUCAGUAACACCCCCUCACUGCUGGAGAACGCCCUGUCACAAGAGAAUGCUGCUGCCGCUGCCUCCUGCUCAGACAACAAUGUGAGCCACCCGUGGCCUGCAGCUCCUGACAUCACACGGGAAACACGCAACAGCCUGCGAGACAAUGGCCUGGGAGACUGCUCGAGGGAGGAAAUUAAGGACAGACACAUGUCCUCUCCAUACCACAGACGCACCUACCACUUAACCCAGAAUGACAGUCAGGACGCCAGUGCAGAACAGAGUGACCAUGACGAUGAGGUGGCCAGUCUAGAGUCGUCUUCAGGGAACUGUGGAGCCAGGUCGUCUCAAAGACUGCCAGUGAAGGAGUGGAAGAGUUCUCCCAGAGGCUCCCCUAAACUUAAGAGGAAGAGUAAAAAAGAUGACGGGGAUGCAUCUCAUGCCUCUCAGUCCAGGCAGCCUGAGCAGCAUCAUCAGCAGAUGAACCCAGAGGUGCUGGAAGAACUCCUGAUUUUGCUCCGUAACCAGCAGAGGGAGAUAGCGGAGCUCCAUCAGAGUCAGCUGGAGCUGCUUCAGAGAGUGACGGGCCACAUGGACGCCGUGCAGAGCUCUGUCAUAGCCCACGUAGAGCACGUCAUGGUCAGCCAGCAGGAGCACGAACAGAGGAGAAUGGAGAGAAUCCUAGCAGAGGGACACACCCGUAACCAGCAGCUCCAGGAGCAUCUCUCGCAGCAGCUGGGUCAAACUCUCAGUAACACCCUUUGUAAUCGGCUGGACAAGACUCUCCGAGAGGAGAUGAAGAAGACUGUUCCUCCCACUAUCACCAAGAGCCUGGAGCCUGUCACUGCCCAAAUGAGUAACACCAUUGCUGCUAAGCUGACGGCUGUGGAGGCAGCACUGAAGGAGAACGUUAGCAAAGUCGUGAAGUCAAAGAACACCACAGAUGCUAUUGGCCGAGCAGCUGCCGAGGCAAUGCAGGGGCCUAUCCAGGCUGCCUACAAGGAUGCUUUCCAGGGCAUAGUGCUGCCUGUGUUUGAGAGAGGCUGCCAGUCUAUGUUCCAGCAGAUCAAUGAGAGCUUCAAGCAGGGCACCCAUGAGUAUAUCCAGCAACUGGAGACCCAUGUGAAGAACAAGAAGCAGCAUGAGCAGGAAGCACGGGAUCCUAUGAUUGGCCAGCUGCAACAGAUGAUUGACACGUUCCAGAACUCAACGGAUCAGCUGGCCACCACCAUCACAGCAAGUGUCCGCUCUGAGGUCCAGCAUCAGCUCCACAUGACGGUGGGAAAUUUGCAGGACUCGAUCCUGACCCAGGUGCAGCGCAUUGUGAAGGGUGAGGUGAGUAUGGCCAUGAAGGAGCAGCAGGCAGCUGUGAACUCCAGCAUCAUGCAGGCCAUGCGCUCUGCUGCAGGCACGCCUGUCCCCACCGCACACCUGGACUACCAGGCCCAGCAAGCCAGCAUCCUGCAGCUGCUGCAGCAGGGACAGCUCAACCAGGCCUUCCAACAGGCCCUGUCAGCCUCUGACCUGAACCUGGUUCUGUAUGUGUGCGAGACCAUCGACUCCCAGCAGGUGUUUGGCCAGCAUCCCUGCCCCCUCAUCCAGCCAGUGCUGCUGUCCCUAAUACAGCAGCUAUCCACUAACCUGGCCACACGCUCUGAGCUCAAGAUCAGUUACUUGGAGGAUGCUGUGAUGAACCUGGACCAUGGUGAUCCGGUGACGAGGGACCACAUGAGUGCGGUGCUGUCCCAGGUCCGACAGAAGCUGUUCCAGUUCCUGCAGUCAGACCCACACAGUCCUCUCAGCAAGAGAGCCCGGCGCCUGGUGAUGAUGCUUCAGGGCCUGGUCAAUCAUUAGUUCUGGCGCCCAAUGAUGGAGCCCCUUCACUUCCCUGUUCUGCUCCCACACAGUUAGAACAAAGUGCAGUGAGUUUCGUUGAUGUGCUGAGGGGAGCAGAGCUGUUGUUAAAGAGAUGUGAGCAUGAUGUACAGAGCGAUCGGACAGUAUUCAGACCCCUUGACCUUUUCCACAUUUUGUUAGUUUACGGCCUUAUUCUAAAACUGAUUACAUCGUUUUCCCCCUCAUCAAUCUACACAGAUUACCCCAUUAUGACAAAGCAAAAAUAUUUGCUAAUUUAUGAAAAAUGUAAAUAUUACAUUUACAAAGUAUUCAGACCCUCUUCUUGGGUAUGACGCUACAAGCUUGGCACACUUAUAUUUGGGGAGUUUCUCCCAUCUCCACAGAGGAACUCUGGGGCUCUGUCAGUGACCAUUGGGUUCUUGGUCACCUCCCUGACGAAGGCCCUUCUCCCCUGAUUGCUCAGUUUGGUCGGGUGGCCAGCUCUAGGAAGAGUGAUUCCAAAUGUCUUCCAUUUAAGGUGUUCUUGGGACCCUUCAAUGCUGCAGACAUUUUUUUGCUACCCUUCCCCAGAUCUUUGCCUCAACACAAUCCUGUCUCGGAGCUCUAUGGACAAUUACUGACCUUAUCGCUUGGUUUUUGCUUAUACUUAUGUAAAUAAGGUAUUUCUGUUUUUUAUUUUUAAUACAUUUGAAAAAAUGUCUAAAGACCUGUUUUUGCCUUGUCAUUAUUGGUUAUUGUGAGGACUGCUGAGGACAUUUAUUUAAUCCACUUUAGAAUAAGACUAACGUAAUACAAUGUGGAAAAAGUCAAGGGGUCUGAAUAGUUUCCGAUGGCUCUGCACUUUCUGUACCCUCGUCACUUUUUGAUGCAUUGUACAUCGAAAUGGAACAUUUUGUUUUAUCUUUAAUUUUUACGUGUAGAAAUGGCAAGAACAGACUGGGUUUGCCCUUUUUGGACUUGUGUAGAUUGAAGGAUAUUUGUUCAUGAGUACUACGAACCUUGCCAUUACCAUCUAUUUUGUCUUUUCCUUGUCAUAUCCACAAGAGGCUGUUUCAGAAAUACCUAUCCUAAAUGUAGACCGUCGUUACAGAUGGAUGAGCAUAUUAUGUUUUCUGAAUAUUCAACCAUUCUGUUAAAUCCAGUGUAUUUCACUUUGAGGGACUUCUACAGUAGGCUUUCAAUCUACACGGUUAGUUUUUUCCUUUCUCUGAUAUUUCCGUGUUACUAUGUAGAUAGGACAGGAGUGUGCUUGUGGAGUCUUAGAAACUAAAAGGGCCGUCCACAUGUAUAGCUUUAUAAGGUCAACUCUUUUGAUGGCACCUCGACAAAAUUCACCCAUGUCCCUGAAUUUUUUUAUUUAUUUUUUUGCCCUGGUUUUUUUUUAUACCAACAAUCCUUAACAUUUGUAAGACUUGUAUGAUUUCAUGAACUUGCUUGAAGACUUAUUGAAGUUGUUAUAAUCCAUAGAAAAUCCAUCUAACAAGUUGUUACUUAUACUGGCCUCGUUUUUGCAUCAGGAUAUCCAAGUUAUGUUCGUAAACCUGAUGUACAUCUCCUGUUCUUUAGAGGGCAGCCCUUGAAUGCAGUCACAUUUAAUAUUUUUUAGCAUGCUUUCUUUUAGGCAACUUGCGAAGUCUAGUUGGAAAGUUCAACAAAACUGGGAGCAUGGCUUAAUGUAUUAAUACGUGUUUGUCUUCUAAACAAGUUAAAAUGGUCUAAUUAUCUAGGAACAGACCUGUGAAACGCCACAAUGUUGGGUUGCAUUGUGAAUAUCAACUGCCCAAUGCCUACUAUGCCACUGGUCAGUUGAUUGUCAUGCAAAUAAGAUCUUUGUUUUCCCUAUCAAACCUUUAAUGUGCAGGAACAAAACAUUUAUAGUAAGUGCCUUAUUGUACUUCACUGAUGGGGAUUUGGCCUCCACUACCUUUAGAUGUUGUUAUGCCAUUUGAAACAAUUGUGUAAAUUAACCGUAUUUGCCUGACUGUAAAAGAGUGUGUUACUGGGUUUUUACGCACACUUAUCAAUGACUUAUUUUGCAAACAAGGGUUCAAAUAGCACAGGAAGAGCAUCUUUGCAUUAGGAAUACAAACAUGAUUUGACAAUAGAGAGGCUGGCUAGAAAAGUUCUCAUAAAUUAUUGAUUAUGUAAUUCCACUUUACUGUAGGAGUGAUGGGAAAUAUUUAAACCCGGGAUCAUCUUGUCUUACCAAUUCCAAAAUGUCAAUCUCUGCUAUUGAUGUCUUGUCAUCUAAUUUCAAGGACAGUUAUUUGUUAUGAACGUAACAUUCCUUUCUUUGACCUAAAGUAGAAUGAGGGGGACAUAGGGCAGUGUGAACUAAGCUUGGAGGUGUUUCUUGCCAGUCCUGCACACUAUUCCUGAGGCAUGCUUAUUUUACCAGGUCAGAAUUAUGUUUGACCAUAGUAGUGGUUUGUUUGAUAAGCACCUUUUGGUGUUCCAAUUUAUUUAACAUGACUUGUUGAAAGUUGAUUCUCAACUCCCAGUUUUUCUUUGCUUUAAUUAUUUGAGUUUCAUCAGUGAACACUAUACAGUUGCUAGGUCACCUUCAGCUGCUGAUUGGUUGACAAAACGCUAGGUAUGCCUGUAUGCUCAGGAGAACUGUGCAUAAAGAGGCAAACUGCUAUAUUCAAGGUUAUAAGCCAUCUGUAUUAUCAAGCCACAAAGCUGUGUAAAGCAGACAGUAAUGUCUUUUUAUCCACAACGUUGAGUGAGGAGGAAUCUGUCCGUGGUGGAGGAGGUUGAUGAUCCAUCUUUUAUUGUAUUAAGUUACAUGUCUGGUAACUGGAAUAGCAGCUGUUUGACCUGAAAAGUGUAAAAGCAGGAUGGUUUCCAUGCUCUUAGUUUUACUUAUGUUUCAUAUUGAUCAGGGUUAAGCAACAAGAAUCAGACAUGAAUGUUGAUAACAGUAAGCUUGUACAUAAACGCUAUACAAUCUAAAUAUUUUUCCUCGUUUUCAAAAACAUUGAAAUCAUGUUUUGUGUAUUACUCAUUUUGAUUGUCAUUUCCAUCAUGCUUUGUUCCCUGUGCUUGGAUUGUUGUAUAUUUUACUCGUUUCUUUUACCCUAAACGUUUUGGAAUAAAAAAAUAAAAUGAUUAAUGCCUUG